AUUUCUGCAUCGAGCCGACAAUGUCUCUCAAACUCGCAGUCUUGCUUUGCCUAUUGGCUGUUGCCACCGCAAGUAAGUAGUAAUCCUUUACUAGUGUAUUAUCAAAUUAAAAAUAUUUUUUAUCACAUAUGUUGGAAUAAUGUAUACUAUAUUACGCAACUUACUCAAAAUUUCACUACAGCACGACUACACUUUGGUCUAAGAGUACCAUACGGCGGUGUUUCUCGCAUCGUUGGCGGACAGGAAGCCGACCGCGCUGAGUUCCCUCACCAGGUGACUCUGCAAUGGGGAAACGCACCAUUUCUAAACCACCUGUGCGGUGGUAGCAUACUUAGCCACCAGUGGGUACUGACUGCUGGACAUUGUCCCCUUGCCGUGACUGGACGUACGCUUUACGUCAAGGCUGGCAAACACUCGAUGAAGACUACCGAGAAGACCGAACAGCUCUCCAAGGUAUCUGCGAUCUUUAUUCACGACAAAUAUCCAGGAAACGUAGCCCCCUACGACAUUGCACUGCUAAAGCUCGAGAAGCCUCUGGUCUAUGACGAGAGUGUCCAGCCAAUCGCUUUGCCCAAAGCCAGCAGCGAUGUCGAUGGCGAAGUAGUGCUCUCCGGCUGGGGAUCAGUCUCUUCCAGCGGCAUGGGAACUCCCGACAUCCUGCAGAAGGUCAAGCUGCCCGUUGUUGACCUUGCCACCUGCAAGGAAGCUCUCGAGAGGCUUGUCGGACCAUCCCCACUCCACGAGUCCAACGUCUGCACUGGUCCAUUGACCGGAGGAGUGUCUGCCUGCAGCGGUGACUCUGGCGGCCCAUUGAUUAAGGUUUUGGGGAACGGCAAACCCGAAGUUAUCGGUGUUGUUUCAUGGGGAAUCAUUCCUUGCGGUACCACCGGAGCGCCAUCUGUUUACACCAGAGUUUCUUCCUACAUCGAUUGGAUCAAUGACAUCAUUGCGAAGAACUAACAAAUCGUUUGGUGAAUGCCAGUCAACAGCAUGACCUCUCAUAUUAUUUUUUGUGAUUUUCCACGAGAUAUUAAUGUAAAAA